CAUUGCUGUGGCAGGAGAUGAGUAUAAAAUGCGCACUUUCUUUCACAGUUAGUGCGUCUUCAGACGGCGAUUGUGAUUCUGAAUCUCGGUAAGCUACUUUCUGUGUAUCUUCAUCAUGUCUGGCAGAGGAAAGACUGGCGGUAAAGCGCGGGCUAAGGCCAAGACUCGCAGCUCCCGGGCUGGCCUGCAGUUUCCUGUCGGCCGUGUUCAUAGGCUGUUGCGGAAGGGUAACUAUGCGGAGCGUGUAGGUGCUGGGGCUCCUGUGUACCUGGCCGCUGUGCUUGAGUAUCUGACCGCUGAGAUCCUGGAGCUGGCGGGCAACGCAGCCCGGGACAACAAGAAGACCCGCAUCAUCCCCCGCCAUCUGCAGCUGGCUGUUCGCAACGACGAAGAGCUCAACAAACUUCUGGGUGGCGUGACCAUCGCCCAGGGCGGCGUGCUGCCCAACAUCCAGGCCGUACUGCUGCCGAAGAAGACCGGCCAGGCCGCUCCGGGCACUGGAAAGGCGGGAAAGAAGUCUUCGCAGUCCCAAGAGUAUUAAACGCCAUUCCUCCUCUGUAAAACCCAAAGGCCCUUUUAAGGGCCGCCCAAACUGACUGAAAGGGCGAUUCUAACCUUUACCUGGAAAGCUGCUUGUGUAAUGAAUCCGAGUAGCGCUGCUAACGCUGUAUUGCAGUAGGUUUCAUGUGAAACUGCAUGAUGUAAACUUGCACUGACCGGAAGCGCGGUCUCUCCCGCCAUCGCUUGUGAACAAUAAAGGUGCCGCUUUUUAC